AGUUUCAAUAAUGGACCAGGUUUCGGCCGAACUAAGUCCAAGAAAAACCUAAAGUUCACACGAUUUCAAUAUUCACGUUCACCAAGUCCCCCUCCAACAAUGCUCGAGUUUUCUCGAGAAGAUCAAAGAUUAAAGAGUCAAGAUCAAAUCACUCGCAUCACCUUGUACUUCAUUGAUCCCGUUCUCAGAGACCAAAUUCACGCUAUUGGAGGCUAAGGUAGAAAAAGCCCUGGGAAUUGGAAGUAAUAUUUAAAACAACAAACCGUAUGCUUUGUGAUCAGUUUCAAGAUGGUUUGGAUUAUCCUAACUUGGUUCAUCCUCUUUGUUUCAAACUCGUCGCAAGGCGUUUCAGUGGAACUUGCGCCCAUAGUGGACCUAUUCCAAGACCCAUAUUGCAUCACUCUGAUACAAGGUGAUUCGUUAUUGACCCAAGUUCAAGGGGUUUCAGACAAAAUCAGCAUCACUGACCUCAAUCAUGGAGGUCAGAAGAACCACCAGUUUUGCAAAGCUGUCUUAGUUGCCUUGGAACUAGAAACGUUCCUACAAAAGCUGGAGAACUACAGUUCUUAGUUCCACCGACAAGACUCGCAAUACAUUUUGAUGGUUCGAAAUAACUCGUGGAGGGACAUUCUCAUGGAGUCCAAGUUCUUUAAAAAGAUCCUCAACUUGGGAGUGCUGAAUUUGAUCAACGGUGGAUUUUAUUCCAAAUCCUUGUGCGGAGCCAGUCCAUUCAUCAAAAUUGGUGUUUAUAUCGAAGAUCGAAUGGUCCUGGAUGGAUCACCUGUAUUCCAAAAGUACCCUGAUAUGGCAUGUCGUUCGAUCAAGGCCACAGCCUUUCAUUAUUCCCCUUUUACAACUAUAUCCGAAAAUGCCGAGGGUAAAAGGAGCUAUACAGGACUUGAGGUCAACAUCUUUAAAACCACGGCCAAGAAGUUGGGAUUGUCGUACGAGAUUGGACCUCCGACGGACGGAGAAAAAUGGGGUCGGUUCUCACCUCCCAACCACUUUUCUGGUCUUAUGGGUGAUAUGCAAUAUGAGCGCUCUGAUGUGGGUUGGGCCAAUCUCUAUCCAAGGCUGUAUGAAGGACCUGGAUUGGUGGAUUUCACUGACCCAUACGACGUGGGAUACUUUUGCUUUUAAGUUAUGAAGCCGAAGCCUUUACCUCAAUGGAUGGCCUUGGGUUUGCCAUUGCAAAUGUAUACUUGGAUUGCGGCCUUUUUCACCAUGAUUGGUGCUCUUAUAUUCAUGUAUUUCUACGGAUACUGGAGCGUGCUGGAAUCGAAUAACCAUUGGACACGGAUGUUUUUUCUGUUGGGCGCAAUGGUGGAUGAAUCCCUUCCAGAAAUAAAAACGAUCAAAUCUCAUGGAGGGAGGCUAUUUUUGGCAAUAUUUCUGCUGUGCUUUUUCGUCUUGACCAUUGGAUAUCGUGGAGGAUUGGUGGCCAAUUUGUCCAUCCCAUUUGUCCCGCGUCCCAUUGAUACGGUUAAGGAGGUUAUAGCAGAUCCUAGACCGGUCAUCAGUUUUGGUGAGAACUUCAAGAAUGAUCUGUCCAAGAGUGACGAUCCCAUCAUUGGUCAGAUUCUGGAGAAUUACAAAUUCCAUUACGACUUCGAUGGAGCUUUGAGGAACCUCAGUCUAGGCACCGUCAUCAUGGCUGAAACUUUACAAAGCACCCUCUACAAAAUUAGAGCUCAAUUUACCAACAAAUUCGGAGAGACCACGAUUCAUACUCUACGGGAAUGUCUGACUCCUUAUCGAGUGGCAUUUGCACUUCAGAAGCACAGCAUCUACAAGAAACCCUUUAGCCGUGUGAUUCAGAAAUUGAAGGAGGGAGGAUUUGUCAACAAAUGGUUGAACAACGAGAUGGACUUGGUGGCCAGACUUCAAACCAAGACCUCGGUUCUCUCCACUGCCGAAGCCAAACCCCUUUCACUAAAUGAAUUUCAAGCCGCAGGCCUGGUUUACCUAUGCUUCUUAGCUUUGAGCUUGAUUGGUUUGGGUUUGGAAUUGAUCUUGCACUACUCUAAACGUCUUAAGGCUACUCCAACCAUGUAUGGCCGGUGGAAUACCGAAUAUUAAACACGAUGGACGAAUGUGCGAUAUGAAUACCAGCUUGAGUGACUUGAAAUAUA